GAUAUUUGUGAAGAUAUAUCUGAUCAUGUUGAACAAAUUCAUGCUCUACUAGAGACAGAGUUUUCCCUGAAGCUUCUGUCUUACUCUGUCAAUGUGAUAGUCGAUAUCCAUACUGUACAACUACUCUGGCACCAGCUACGUGUUUCUGUUCUGGUUCUGAGAGAGCGUAUUCUCCAGGGACUACAAGACGCCAAUGGAAACUACACCAGGCAGACUGAUAUUCUGCAAGCAUUUUCUGAAGAGACUAAGGAGGACCGUCUUGACUCUUUAACUGAAGUUGAUGAUUCUGGACAGUUAACCAUCAAAUGUUCUCAAAAUUACUUGUCACUGGAUUGUGGUAUUACUGCAUUUGAACUAUCUGACUACAGUCCUAGUGAGGAUUUGCUUGGUGCUCUGGAUGAUAUGACCUCCAGCCAAGGGAAAGCAAAAUCAUUUGAAUCCUGGAACUAUAGUGAGAUGGAUAAGGACUUUCCAGGACUUAUCAGAAGUGUGGGUUUACUUGCAGUAGCGACUGAUUCCAUUGCUUCCCAGUGUAAUGAAGCAUUAAACGAGAAAGAAACCCAUGUACCUCUUUCAGCAGAAGAUGGAGAAGAAAGCAAAGACAGGAAAGCACCACAUGAGCUCUCACUAGUAUCUCCUUCUGCGAACUCCUCUCUUUCUAAAGGACCUUGCUCUGAAGAUGGUGUUUUAACUACUGAUAGCAAACCAGUUUCCACAUUAAAGAAACCAGAAUGCAAUCUUCCACAGCACACCAGUGAAAAAAUCAAACACUCUCACUGUGAAAACUCAACUCCGAAGAGGUCCAUAAGAGACUGCUUUAACUAUAACGAAGACUCCCCUACGCAGCCUACACUGCCAAAAAGAGGUCUAUUUCUGAAAGAUGAUGUGUUUAAAGAUUAUAUGGAAGCCAAUGAUUUAAAAAGGCAAAUCUCUCAGAUAGUUAAAAAUGAAAUGAGUAGAAGUACACCCUCAUUGUUAGAUCCACCAGACAGGUCCAAGCUUUGCUUGGCUUUACAGUCACCCUACACUAACAGUCCAUCUGCAGUUAGUCAGUCAUAUGAUUGCUUAAAUACAAUAGGUGAUAGAAAUCUUGAAUACACAAUAAAAAAUCACUUUAAGGACAGUCCUAUAAGUCUAGGGAAGUCUACUUUCUACACCUGUAAAGAAAAAACAAAGCACAAGAAGUCUCAUGACUCUCCAGAGAAAGUGAAAGCUGGCAGAACACCUGGAGGUAUGUGUAAAAUGCCUCCACCAAUACAAGUCAAAAAAAGAGGACAUUCUUCUCUACAAAAUGGAAUUACUUCUCAUAACUCUCAGUCUCUGGAGGAGACGGAAACAGAUUCUUCUGCAUCAUCAGAUUCUUGUAACCAGAGAGACCCAAAUGGGCAAUCACAAGGUAAAACUGAGCCUUUUAAUUCACCAACACGUAGCCAAAAGAGUUCUUCCUCAGCUGGUUCUGAGCUUACCAACUCAUCACCAAUUCUACUAAGAAGAAAGAAUAAUAAAAGCUUCUCCUCAAUACCAAGCUAUGCUCAAAAAAACAGUAAAGAUGGUGAGGUCUGGUAUGGAUCUGAUGAAUAUUUAGCACUUCCUUCACAUCUCAAACAGACUGAAGUAUUAGCUUUAAAACUAGAAAAUUUGACAAAGUUGCUGCCCCAAAAGCCCAGAAGAGAAACCAUUCAAAACAUUGAUGACUGGGAGCUGUCAGAAAUGAACUCAGAUUCAGAAAUGUAUCCAAUGUACCAGACAAAAAAGCACAAAAAAAUGGGUAGAAUUUCACCAAGCUCUUCAAGUGAUAUAGUAUCCUCCUUAGGUGACAGUAUUGAAUCUGGGCCUCUCAGUGAUAUUCCCUCUGAUGAAGAUCUUUGUAUGCCUGUAUCUUGCAUUAAAAAAUACAUUGAAGAAAAGUCAGAAAGGACUGCUGUCACUCAGCCCACUGAGAAUGAGACUUCUGCCUCAAAUAAAUCAGCUUUAAUUCAUCAACUGAUGCAAGAUAUACAACAUCAAGAGAAUUAUGAAACCAUAUGGGAAAAAAUUGAG